UCUGGCUCUGAGAGUGAUUCACCUGGACUGUCUGCUUCAAGGAGGAGUCUGAAUGAGACAGAGAGAUAGAGAGACGAGUAAGGACAAAGAGGGGAAAUAACAAGCGAAAUAAACUCUUUAAAAUGAGCUGAGCUUGGAAGAGUCUACAAUGUGCAAGUUGGGUAAGCUGGACGACGCGAAGGCCAUGAUGAAGACGGGGCUGGGGAUGAUCAUUCUCGGGCACACUGUCUUCAUCCUGGGUGCCAUCAUUCACGGCACGGUGCUGCGUCACGUGACCCGGCCAGAGGACAUACACAGCAUCGAGUAUGCCAUCGCGAACAUCAUCGCCGUGGCGUCCGGGCUGGUGUGCGUCAUUGCAGGGAUUACAGCCAUUGUCUUUUCCAGAGACAUCGGGAACAACAAGCUGAAGGGGAUUGUUCUGGGCCUGAGUGUGAUCAGUGCCCUGCUGGCCGGUGCGUGCGUCGUGGGGCUGGUCCUCUCGCUGGUCACCACCAUCGUGGACGGUGGGAACAGCUUCCUCGCACGCUGCAACUCCAGCGACUCCUCGGGCAUGAGUCGCAGCUCCCACACGUGCCCGUUCGACCCCACCCGCAUCUACGAGACCACGGUGACUCUGUGGGUGCCCCUGAUCCUCCUGGCUGCGGCGGAGGCAGUGGUGUCCAUCAGGUGCUUCCUGGCUUCCCUCAAUCUGCUGGGGAUGCAGCUGUGCAAGAGCAGGAAGGUGGUGCGGGCCAGACGGGUCAGAGUGAGGUUUAACGAGGCGGUUCCCACGGAACCAGCGGAGAGACAGGAUCUGAUGUCCCAGAGUGUCUGGAUGUGAGGAACCCUGCUUGCUGAUGAUCCACAGGAAUACCUGUGAGCAGGAGCUCGCUUCAGCCCCAUGCCGGGAUAAAAUAAAAGCAUAAGAAAGAACUGGAGGGAGACGCGUUUCUGCACUGUGCUACAGCCAACCUGCUUCAUUAACCAAGUCACCCAACGGAAUGCACUGCCUACUCGAAACACACACGAUUACAAAAUGAGCCUUCACCUAUCCUUCUCUACCCAGAGAAGCACCGUUUCCUCCGGACACCCCUGUGAUUGAAAAGCCAGUCAGAGCAGCUUGUCGAACUCUGAGCAGUCCUUAUCAAAGAGUCUGCAAGUGACGAGCCAAGCUGUUUCUGUAGCUCAGGCGUAACAAUAAAAAAACAAUCGUACGAUAUGCAGCAUAUCUAAAAACAAACCAGUCAAAUUUAUUUGACAUUGGGGGAAAAAAACUGUAAUGUUUUUCCUAUAGUCUGUAUAACAUGUGCUCUUUGUGUUUAGCACAGUAUAACAGGUAGGCCCUUUUAUAUAUGGUGCAAAUCUAAAGGAGUAAAACCAGGAGCUACUAUGGUGGUGGCUCCUGGCUCCUCAGGGAGCUUCUUUCUUUCUUUCUUUCUUCCCUCAGGGCCUGUGCUCAAUCCCUCCCCCAACAUGGCACUAGCACAGGAGUGCAGGGAUGAAAGUAAGACUCCCAUUGCACAGCAGUUUGAUCCAUUCCUGGUUUUACUAAGAGUUUAUUAAGACACACCUGAGCUUAUUACCUGUACGCUGUGGCUGAUCAAGCUCGUUUUAAAACCUGGAAUGGUUCAAACUGCUAUGCAAUCGGAGUCUUACUCCCAUCCCUGGAGUGCUGUUCUGCAGAGAGUUGUAAUCAAUAUGGUCUCUCAUCCCUCCAGAGCCAUUCAAACACCUGCAGGAGCGCUAGAUUAGAAAGAUGCUGAAACAAGUAAGAAUUGAGAUGGUAUUGUAAGUCAUGCCCCAGUUGGCAAGCAAGACACGACACUUUCAGAAAGGGAAAGGCUAGACCUUCUGUACGCGUACAGAUAUAUCGAAAUGCAGGGGGAUGUCUAAAGUCAUAGCCUGACAGACUCGGCAUGACUUGGCGGCCUGUGCUAGAGUAUUAAUCUAAUUUGUUUGGUCUAACCUCAAUUGAAAGAAACAUGCCACUUCGUGUGGUUGCCGUUUGAGUCUCCACUUUGCAUUCAAGCUUCCGGAUCCUGCCGGGGACUCGAUUCCACUUUGCUUGCUCAGACACGCUUGUUUUUCUGCACAUUUUGUUGACAGACCCUUGAGCAGCACUCAUCCUGAACUGGAACUUUAAGGACUGUUUCUAAGGGAUGUUUUGUUUUAAAGAGCACUUAUUUUAAAGCCCUUUCAUGAUGAAUUAAGUCAAGUUUGUUGGGCAUGAAAACUAUUUUAGGAGAGGGUUUAUUCUCGUUUUUGCAAAGGUGUAAAUGUUAAAAUAAUAAACUAAUGUGGUGUCCUACAUUACUGACAACAGUA